AUGGAUGGAGUUUCUAGAGCGGUGGAAGAAGGACAAUUGACCAUUAGUGGACAGCCUUUUCUUGUUAGGAAAUGGACUACAAACCUCCCCAUGUUGAUUAAUGAUGUAAAGAAGGUGGCUAUUUGGGUUAGAUUAUAUGGUAUUCCUCUUGAGUAUUGGACUCCAAAAGGCCUUAGCUAUAUAGCAAGUGCCAUUGAAACUCUUCUUUAUGCGGAUUCUAUCACUGAAGGAGGGAAAAGGCUGGAUUUUGCAAGGAUAAGCAUUGAGAUCAAAGUGGAUGCGGAAUGCCCAUAUUCCAUUAGUCUAACAUUGUCGAAUGGUGAAAGCAUGGUGAUCAAUGUAGAGUAUAGUUGGAAACCACUAAAAUGCAAUGUUUGCCAAUGUUUUGGACAUUCCACAGCUAACUGUUCAUUUGUCCCUAAGCUUGAAGGCAGCUCAUCAUCUCGGAAAGUUCAGAAGGAUGGGAGUAAUAAAUACUCGGUGUUAGCCCAUGAUGCGUCCCAUGAGCAAGACAAAAGGAGCAUAGUGUUGCAUGAGGAGGGAAACUUGGAGAAAUCCACUGAAGGUGUAAAUUCAGAAGGAAAAGAAAAGAUGAAUGUAGCUAGCACAUCCAAGAAUAGUCAAGUUACAGCAGCAAGUGGAAUCGUUCCAGAGGGUGAUGGAACCUCCACAAGUGGUGCAGAGGAUAUGGAAAAUGAAGCCUCUCCAACAAUAGUCCCAUUUGGUGGAAAGCUAAAGGUGGAUGAGAUAGAUCUUAGGAAGAAGGAUAUGGUCAUGAAGAGUAUGAACUUAGGGAAGAAAUUAGCUAAGCUUAAGAAAGCAAAUUCCCCUCCCUUAUUAUCCAAAUGA